AUGUCAAAUGAUACAAAAAUUAUCAAAAGUUCACCAAGUUCGACCGUUAAGGAGGAAUGGGUUACGGAUGUGCUGUUUAAGGAGCACAUUAUAUUUCAUGAAUUUCAUACCUUUCAUCAUUUAAAAUACAUCGGAGAUGCUGCGGCUAGGGCUUAUGUCGCUACUUCAAAAAUAUACCAUAAACCUAUGCUCUUGAAACCUAUAAGCUUUAACCAAUCAUUUACCAUACAAGAUCUUGUGGACGAGGUAAAGCAACAUAGAAAAGUCGAGUUACAUGAAAAUGUUGUACGGUUUUAUGGCAUUACCAAAGAGGAUCGAGGUCAGUAUCAAUAUAUGCUGCUGCUUGAAUACGCUGAUGAAGGAACUCUCUGCAGUUUCUUAAAGAAAUCGUUCAAACAACUCAAAUGGGACGUCAAGUUGAAGUUGGCAAAACAACUUGUAAAUGCAAUUUAUUGCUUACACGGGAACGACAUUGUUCAUAAGGAUUUGAACGCUGUAAAUAUUCUUAUUCAAAAUGAAAAUAUUAAAUUAAGUGGGUUCGGCAUCACCAAGAAGACAAGGAAACCGAUGAAUGCUAUUUCAAAAAUUUACGGUACUUUUAUUCAAUACGCUGACCCUGAAUAUUUAAAGAAUCAUCAAGAAUUUAUUAGGAAUAAGAAAUCGGAUGUGUACAGUGUAGGUGUCUUACUUUGGCAAAUCUCAAGCGGCAGGAUUCCAUUUGAAUUUGAAUUGCCUGAUUUCAGUUUGGUUCAAUCAAUAAUUGAAGGAAAAAGAGAGAUUGCUGUUAAGGGAAUUCCAAGUAAAUAUGUGGAUAUUUAUACUGCUUGUUGGGAAGGAGAUCCAAAGAAUCGACCAAAUAUUCAACAGGUCUUAAAAAAACUUAAUGAAAUCGAAAUAAUUGGUGAAAAGGCAAGAGGAUCAACCGUUUUAAGCGAUACAAUAAUCUCCAACACAAAUGAUAGCAUCAAAGUUGUAGAUUAUAGGAAAAAUUCAUUUUCUUCAACUACGUCAUCUCCGUCUUCGAUCAUAUUAGAUUUAUUGGCAAUGUUCAAAAUGAAGCAUCAAAGUGAUGAAUCCAGUAUAAUGACAUAUUCAUCUUCGCAAAAUCGCAUGCAAUGUGUAGAUAAUAGCAACUCUUCGGCAGUCGGAUCGUGUUUAACCUUGGUGGAAAAACAAUUUGAAAAAAAAUCUCUAGACGAAUUAUUAUCUAAACCCGGAACUAUAACAGAAAUCAAAUAUUCGUUAGAAAAUCUAAACAAGGAUAUAAAUGAAUUAAUAUUACAAAAAUUACUGUUGGAAUUUAUUUAUCAAUUUUACCUUUCGCAUAAUACCACCAUUACUUCUGAUUGGCUAAAUGAAUUUAUACUAAAUCAUGUUGGUAUCGAUGAACAAUUAUCAUCAAAACAUUUAUUGGAAAUGAUGUUGAACCAAAAGCAUCAAGGUUAUUUUACGAACCUACUUGGAUUUUUUUAUGAACAUGGGAUCGGGUGUGAUGAGAUGGAUCAAAUGAAAGCAUUUGAAUUUUAUUUAAAAGGAUCCGUGUAUGAUGAAUAUCAAGAAAAUAUUUGUUCUGAAAUUAAUUUAUGUUCAAACUUCAAUGAUGCUUGUCUUUGUUUUAAAGAUAUACUGGCCAACGAAAACAAAGAUAAUGAUAAUGAUGGUUAA